AUCAAUUUAAAUACUCUCCAAGUUCCUGGAGGAAGAUUAAAAAGGAUUUUCUCUGGAAAUCAAUUGACUUGUUUUCUUUUUGUUUCAUUUAAGAUCAACUAUUUACUUGAUUAAGUUUUUCCACGAGGUUUCUCAUCAGUGUUAUUUUCCUUUUUAAUUGAUCUUGUUUCUUUUGAAAAUCAUAUCAAGCUCAUCAUAUCGACUCUUGGCUAGUAAAUUACCAAAACAAUUCCAACUUUUCGAUAAAUUAAUUCGUUAUUUUGUUUUUUUAUUUCAAGUGACAACAGAAAAUAAAUUAUAACAAACAUUUACUUUCUUUACCAUGGAUCUUCACCAGGAAUCAACUCCGUUUCUUUCAUCACUCAAACAAAAAACAUUGUCACCACAAGUGUCACAAGUUCCGACUUCAAAUGUUUCUACAAAUUCACCAUCAACAUCAGAUAAUCAAUUAUCUUCUAUUUCCAAAGCCAAACCUGGUAUUGGCCUCUCUUCGUCAUCACUGUCUACACCCGUUUCUCCAAUGACACUCAAUAGUGCAAAAACAACUGAUCUGACUUCAGUUGCUUCUACAAAUUCAAUAGGAAUAUCAUCAUCACCAUCGUCAACAUCAAACAAUCAAAAAGCUGUUGAGUCCGAAGCCCAGCCUGGAAUUAGUCCCUUUUCGCCGUCACCCGUUGAUGCGUCUAGUAAAAAGCCAACUGGUCCCCAAUCAUCUUCGCCAGUUUUCAAUGUUGUUUCACAGUCACCGUGUGUCCGGUGUUCUCAAUUAUCUGAUUUAAAUAGGAAUAUUCUCCAAAAGUUAAGCGAAUCAAAAUGUAAAUAUGACGAGGAGAUGAAAGAAUCAAGAAAGAAAAUGGAGAAAGAAUAUGAACUAAAGCUAUUGGAACACCGAACUAAUCUGGAAACUGUUAAAAAAGAAGCAGAAAAGAAAUUGGACUCACUUAAUUUGGAAUUAAGAUUGCAACUUGUAAAAUCCAAGGAAGAGAAUAUCUCAUUGCAACAAGAGAAUUUAAAAAUCAUUAAAAACUCAGUACAAGUCGAAAAGUUCAACAAGCUAAAGGAAUCAUACGAGAAAAAGAUUCAUGAACAUGAGCUUGAAAUCCGAUUGAAAUUACAAAAUAAAGAGGUUAGACCUGGAAUUAAGAUUCGGGAUCAAGAAAGUCAAACUAUGGAAAAAGUAUUUCAAAUCAAAGAUUUGGAAUCUCCGAAAAUCUCUCACAAUAUGGAAUUGAAAGAAUUGAGAGACACAUUAGAAAAAGAAUAUAAACAAAAAUUAUCGCAACAACGAAGUGAUUUGGAAAAUGAUACCGGAUUAAAAUUGGACCAACUGAGAAAAGAACUGACCGAAACCCUGAAGAUCGCUCAUAGCAAGGAGAUGAAAGAAUUGGAAGAACAAUUAAAAGAAGAAUAUGAAAAAAAACUAUUGGACCAACGAGAUUUGGAGAAAAAGACAAAAUCUAAAUUGGACCAACUAAGAAAAGUAUUAACAAAAUGUUUGAAUAUUUCCAUAGACACCGAAGCACAACCAGAGAAGGAAAUUGACGAAGAUUAUGAGGUGAUGAUUAACAAUGAAAGUUUCGCAUCUCAAUCAAACGAAAAGAAGGAAACAAACAAUCCCACUGUUCCUGAUUGUGAACCCGCUCAGAAGAAACAAAAAUUAUCGAUUCCAUCUAUUCAAUCUGACGCUAUCGAUGGACCAAAAGAAAGUUUACCAUCAAUUGGAAGAGAAUUGUUUGAAUCAAAUGAUAAACUUGGUUACACCGAAAUACCCGAUGACCAUUGUGCUGUUAGAAUCUGUUCAAUAUGUCGGUGGAGCGAAAAAAUCCAUAACUUCAAUUACAUUAAGCACUUAAAGAGUGCACACGGGGAACCUCUUUCAAAAGAAGAAGAAAUUGUCAAUUUCGAAAACGCUAUCGUCCCCGAUUCUAUCUAUCCUUCUUUGAUAAACAAAAUCACAAGAAGUCAAAUCUCUGCUCAAGAGAUCGACAAGUACAAAAUUCCAAAAAACUAUUGCUUCGCGUUGAUUUGUCGUAUUUGCCGAUGGAUCGGUACUCGUUAUCAUAAACAUUGGAGAAAUGAUCACAACUCAAGUAGAAUAAAAAGUUCAAUUUAUUUAGAAUUUGAAACCGUGAUUAUGGAGAACAUGAAGUAUCUACAAUUACGAGAUGAACAGAAGAGCCAAUGCCAAAUGGCUUCGGAUAAACAGCCUCAAAACGAUAAUUCCACCCCGGAAAAGAAUUCGAAAGAAGGUGCUCCGAAAUCUAUUCUCAAAUCUUCAAAUAAAUCGGAUUCUCGUGGCCAAAGAACAGGUAAAAAGAGAUCGUCCCAAGUCCCCAUGAAGAGUCGGAAAUCUUUGAGGUUUCAAUUAAAUUAACCAAGUCCCGGAGUUCGUUGUUCUCAUUCCAGUGCUUCUUUCGAAUUGUUGUUUGGAAGUGAACACAUCGACAUCUCUUCACUAGAAGAAGUUGAAAAAUCUAUUUAACUUCAAUAAUCUUUUCUAAUUUCUCCAUGUGUAAACUUUUCUCCUCUUUUACAUUAAUACUUUACAUCAACAAAAUGCGAAGAAAAAAAAAAUUUAAUCUUAUAAUUUUUUAAUCGAGCAAAAAAAUUCUUUUUCUAAUGAGACGACCCCUUGGGAUGAACAGCUGAUGAAAAUCAGUUUUUCGUCAAUGCGACUUAUAUUGUUACAUCAUUUUCUUUUCUAUUUAAUUGUGAUGAUUGUUUAAUUAGUUUACUCUUUUUGAUUAAAAUCUCUGAUUUUUACAUGGUUUAAAUUAUCGUAACAAUGGCAGGAUAUUUAGGAAGAGUUCGUAGUCAAAUGUAUGAUAGAAUUAUCCGUGUUAAUCAUGCCGGUGAAUUAGGAGCUGAUCGAAUUUAUU